AUGGCCAAAAGCGGAGAGGCCCUGCCACAGGGCAGCCCAUCGCCGGUCCCGGAUUCCCACCUCAUCAAAGUGACAGUGAAGACGCCCAAGGACAAGGAGGAUUUCUCAGUGACAGACACUUGCACGAUCCAGCAGCUGAAGGAAGAGAUAUCGCAGCGCUUUAAGGCUCAUCCUGAUCAGCUGGUCCUAAUCUUUGCUGGCAAAAUUCUCAAGGACCCUGACUCACUGGCACAGUGUGGAGUGCGAGAUGGCCUCACUGUCCAUCUGGUCAUCAAGAUGCAGCGUCGUGCCAUGGGCACAGAGGGCCCUGCUGCUUCAAUCCCUACCCCAGCUCCAAGCCCUGGAUCACACCCUCAGCCAGGCCCCAUUCACCCAGCAGAUGGCCCUCCUACCAUCAGCUUAGGUGUCCUCACAGGCCUCAAUGGGCUGGGCCUGACCUCUGGUAGUUUCACAGACCAGCAAAGUUCACUGAUGUGGCAGCAUUUGUCUGUACCUGAGUUUGUGGCUCAGAUCAUUGAUGAUCCUUUCAUCCAAGGUCUGUUGUCCAACACCAGCCUCAUGCGCCAGCUAGUUCUUGACAAUCCCCACAUGCAGCAGUUGAUCCAGCACAACCCGGAGAUUGGACAUAUUCUCAACAACCCUGAAAUUAUGCGGCAGACACUGGAGUUUCUACGCAACCCUGCCAUGAUGCAAGAGAUGAUGCGGAGCCAGGACCGGGCACUCAGUAACCUGGAGAGCAUCCCUGGGGGCUACAAUGUGCUUCGUACCAUGUACACAGACAUCAUGGACCCGAUGUUGAAUGCAGUACAGGAGCAGUUUGGUGGCAAUCCAUUUGCUACCACUACUGCUAAUACUACUAACAACAGCCGACAACCUUCACGGACAGAGAAUUGUGAUCCUCUCCCCAACCCCUGGGCUUCUACACACUCAGGUUCAGGAGCCAGGGGGAGCAGACAGCCGAAGGACCAGGAUGUAUCUGAAACUAGAAAUAGGGCUUCCAACGUUUUGGGUAAUACAGGGCUCUAUGACUAUCUCCAACAGUUACAUGAGAGCCCUCACUCCCUAGGAACCUAUCUGCAGGGAACUGCAUCCACCCUUAGCCCAAACCAAGAAGCAUCAUCCUCAGGAAAUAGAAUUCCUCCAACUUUACACUCAUCCCAGGAAACUGAGUCAGGUCAGUCACACCCUAAGGAGUCAGUAACUAUCAAGGGAAAGUCAUCCUGCCCAGCCUUCCUGAGAUACCCUAGAGAGAGCAGUACUGGACAAGAUGGAAACCAAGACAUUACCGGGAAUUCCUCCACGGGCCGUAACUCCACCAUGCCCGAUCUUCUCUCAGGCUUGGGAGGUUCUGGCUUCAGAGCACAGUUUGUCCCUUCAACAACGACUCCCAUGGCAGGUGAUCCCCCUGGAAUCCCUGAGCAUACCUGGCUGCCACCAUCAGUUUACCCGAGAUCUCUGAGAACAGCUGGCACGAAUCGGGGUCCCCAUUUGCAGGAUGAGAUGCGCCGGCAGUUGCCACUACUGCUACAUUUUCAGGCAGCCAUGGCAAACCCCCGUGCCAUGCAUGCCUUGCUACAGAUUGAACAGGGCCUGCAGACCCUGGCUACUGAAGCACCUCGCCUCCUCCUCUGGUUUAUGCCUUGCCUGGCAGGGCUGGGGACUAUGGCAGGAGGUCUGGACUCUAGGGAGGGAUCCUUUAUGCCUGAGCACUCACCGUUAGCCCCAGCAUCUGAGCCUCCCCCAGUGGAGCAGGGUCUCCUUUCCACUCCCUUUCUCCAGAUGUUGCAGGUUCUAGCCAGCGCCAAUCCCCAGCAGCCACAGCUGGAGACUCAUUUCCAGGUGCAAUUAGAGCAGCUGCGUGCCAUGGGCUUUCUGAAUCCUGAAGCCAACCUCCAGGCUCUUAUUGCCACAGGGGGCGAUCUAGAUGCUGCUGUGGAGAAACUGAGGCAGUCCUAG